UUGUACCUGGGCGUGGUGCUGGCAGCCGUGGUCAUCAUCACCGGUUGUUUCUCCUACUUCCAAGAGGCCAAGAGCUCCCGAAUCAUGGACUCCUUCAAGAAAAUGGUGCCACAGAAAGCGUUGGUGAUCCGGGAGGGGGAGAAGAUGCAUAUCAAUGCUGAGCUUGUGGUGCAGGGAGAUCUGGUGGAGAUCAAAGGGGGAGACCGCAUCCCAGCUGACCUUCGAGUGGUCUCCUCCAGCGGGUGCAAGGUGGACAACUCGUCUCUGACGGGAGAAUCGGAGCCUCAGACACGCUCCCCGGAGUUCACGCACGACAAUCCUCUGGAGACCCGCAACAUCUGUUUCUUUUCCACCAACUGUGUCGAGGGAACGGCCCAUGGCAUCGUGAUUGGCACCGGUGACCGAACAGUGAUGGGUCGCAUCGCCACGCUGGCGUCAGAGCUGGAAGUCCGCCGCACGCCCAUCAACAUAGAGAUCGAACAUUUCAUCCACCUCAUCACGGGCGUGGCCGUCUUCCUGGGCGUGUCCUUCUUCAUCCUGUCAAUCAUCCUGGGCUACACCUGGCUGGAGGCCGUCAUCUUCCUCAUUGGCAUCAUCGUGGCCAACGUGCCCGAGGGACUGCUGGCAACUGUCACUGUGUGUCUGACUCUCACUGCCAAGCGAAUGGCCAAGAAGAACUGUCUGGUGAAGAACCUGGAGGCCGUAGAAACUCUGGGCUCCACCUCCACCAUCUGCUCCGACAAGACAGGCACGCUGACCCAGAACCGCAUGACCGUGGCCCACAUGUGGUUCGACAACCAGAUCCACGAAGCGGACACCACAGAGGACCAGACUGGUUUUGGUUUUGACAAGACCUCUGCUACUUGGACUUCUCUGUCUCGUGUGGCUGGCCUGUGCAACAGAGCUGAUUUCAAAGGCGGACAGGAGGAAUUUCCCAUCCUGAUGAGGGAGACAGCGGGGGAUGCAUCAGAAUCAGCUCUGUUGAAAUGCAUCGAGCUGUGCUGUGGGAGUGUUCGGGAAAUGAGAGCUAGAAAUCUCAAAGUGGCAGAGAUCCCCUUCAACUCCACCAACAAAUACCAGCUCUCUGUCCAUGAAGUGGAGGACAAUCCCUCUGGUCAUAUUCUGGUCAUGAAGGGAGCGCCGGAGAGAAUCUUGGAGAGGUGCAGUAGGAUUAUGAUCCACGGCCAGGAGCUGCCACUUGAUGAAACCUGGAGAGAGGCUUUCCAGAAUGCCUACAUGGAGCUGGGAGGACUGGGAGAGAGAGUGCUAGGCUUCUGCCACACAAAUCUGUCUUCCACCCAGUUCCCUCGAGGAUUCAACUUCGACAGCGAAGAAACAAACUUCCCCAUCGAGCAGCUCUGCUUCCUGGGUCUCAUCUCCAUGAUUGAUCCGCCGCGUGCCGCUGUGCCUGACGCAGUGGGUAAAUGCCGCUCUGCCGGUAUCAAGGUGAUCAUGGUGACAGGGGACCACCCAAUCACGGCCAAAGCCAUUGCUAAAGGUGUGGGCAUCAUCUCCGAGGGCAACGAGACAGUUGAUGACAUCGCCGAGAGACUCAAUAUCCCUUUGAGCCAAGUCAACCCCAGGGAUGCCAAGGCUUGCGUGGUGCACGGCGCAGACCUAAAGGACAUGAGCCGCGAGUACCUGGACGACCUGCUGAGGAACCACACUGAGAUAGUGUUUGCUCGCACCUCUCCACAGCAGAAGCUCAUCAUAGUGGAGGGCUGCCAGAGACAGGGGGCGAUCGUGGCCGUGACAGGCGACGGCGUGAAUGACUCCCCGGCCUUAAAGAAAGCCGACAUCGGCGUUGCCAUGGGGAUCGCCGGCUCCGAUGUGUCCAAGCAGGCAGCUGACAUGAUCCUGCUGGACGACAACUUUGCCUCCAUCGUCACCGGAGUGGAGGAGGGUCGUCUCAUCUUUGACAACCUGAAGAAGUCCAUUGCAUACACGCUGACCAGUAACAUCCCAGAGAUCUCGCCCUUCCUCCUCUUCAUCUGUGCUAGUGUUCCUCUUCCGCUGGGAACUGUCACCAUCCUCUGCAUCGACCUGGGCACUGACAUGGUUCCGGCCAUCUCAUUGGCUUAUGAGACAGCUGAGAGUGACAUCAUGAAACGCCAACCAAGGAAUCCCAAAACAGACAAGCUGGUCAAUGAACGCCUCAUCAGCAUGGCAUACGGGCAGAUAGGGAUGAUCCAGGCUCUUGCUGGUUUUUUCACCUAUUUUGUGAUUUUGGCUGAGAACGGCUUCCUCCCGAAGAACCUUGUGGGCAUCCGCAUCAGGUGGGACGACCGCGAAGUAAAUGAUGUGGAGGACAGCUAUGGGCAGGAGUGGACCUAUGAGCAGAGGAAGAUCAUUGAAUUCACCUGCCACACCUCCUUCUUCAUCAGCAUCGUUGUCGUGCAGUGGGCUGAUGUUAUCAUCUGCAAGACCAGGAGGAACUCCCUCUUUCAGCAGGGCAUGAAGAACAGGAUCCUGAUCUUUGGUCUGUUUGUUGAGACUGCUCUGGCUGCCUUCCUCUCCUACUGCCCUGGAAUGGACAUUGCCCUGCGCAUGUACCCCCUAAAGCCCCUGUGGUGGUUCUGUGCCUUCCCAUACAGUCUUCUCAUCUUCAUUUAUGAUGAGGUCCGUAAAUUAAUUCUGAGGAGGAGCCCCGGAGGUUGGGUGGAGAAGGAGACAUAUUAUUAAUAUUCAGAAAAUAAAACAUUUCCAGCAAAACAAUGGUAAUGUAUACCUGUGUGCCUUAUAUAAACUGUUCCCAAAGUGACAUAUCAUGGCCUGCAGGCUCUAAAGGAAUACCAAAGUCGUUCAUCGUGUGUAAUGUACCAAAUAAAAAUGUAUUCCAAAAUA